UGCCCCGGUCCGCGUACAGGUGUCGCCGCGGUCGACUCGGGUUUUUCGUUCUCCGCUCCCGGACUCUUCGCAUGUGAGAUUCAUGUGGUUCGCCCGCGACUAUUAACCACACGAUACCGAGUUCGACGCGCUCUCCUCGCCCGGAUGUGCUAAUAAUAAUAACACAAUAAUCAUAAUAAUCAUAAUAAUAAUAGUAAUAAUAAUAAUAAUAAAAAUACGUGAUAUUAUAAUAUUUAUUAAAUAAUAUUGAUAUUGUGAUCGAUUCGCAAGAACCGUUUGAUUUGUCGUACGUAUAUUAUAUUAUGGUGUAAUUACAGCAAUAAUCAUCGCGAUAUUAUUAUUAACGCAUAUUAUAUUAUUUUUAUUGUCGUCCGUCGUGUACGCGUAUAGUAGUCGCAUCGCGAAAAAACUAUAAUACUUUUUUACUUUUUCGUUUCGUUUGGUUUUUUAUUAAAAUUUUUUUUUUUUCAUUUUUGUUUCGACCGCCGCGCCGAUAACUUUUUGCUCCGGAACCCGAAUUCGACGACAUUGCCGCACAGUUAAAUAUUUACCUACGUUUAUUCCGUUUGACUUUUAUGUUUUUUGUUUUGUUUCGUUAACUUAUCUUUCAUUCGUUCGCGUCAUUUUAUUUAUAUUUUCAUAUACGAGUGAAGUGCGUUUCUUGUGACAGAUAAUUAAAAUUUUUUUUUUUCAAUUUCAUACUUUUUCGAAAAUCAUCGUUAUCUUAUAUGUUUGACUAUUUUUUCCCGUCGCUUAAAGUCCUAGGAUCGCCUAGGACCUCAAAUUAAAUUUAGUGCGAAACAUGGAAGCUUCUUAUUGCAUCGGAAACGACGUUGACGUAUGCCGAAUGUUCGAUCAAUAUUUAUACAAGCUUAUUUGAACGCGGAUUGAUACGGGCCGUGCAUAACGCGUUCUAUUACGAACGAACUCUUCUUCGGACGGUCAUAAAAUCAAUUUAAGCUGCGGUUAUCGUCGCGAAGGGACUUCCGAACGCGCCAAUCAAUUAUUCCGAACGUAAACUAUGCACUGACGUCGUGUCGAUAUAUAGAAUAAACAAAAGCUAUCCCGUACCCAGGACCGACAACCUGGACUUGUCUCUAUCGGUGGCCCACAACAUGCACAACAACAACAACAAUAACAACAACAACCACUACACAAGCAUGGCGGAACACACAUUUCACACGCCGAGUUUCGGGGACGAGGGUUUCGAUAUCCCGUCGAUGGGCAAUCAAGGAAACAACUCGACCACCUCGCCGAGUUGUAACAACGUGUCCACUCCGUCUAACGGUUCGGCCGAUUCCAUAAUCACUUCGCACACGCAACCGCAGCCGCCGUCUUUGGCAUAUCAACACAGCCAACAGAUGAUGAAUCACCAUCAUCCACAGGACACUGGCAUGCAGGGAAUGAACUCGCACAACUCACACCAUUCGCAUCAAUCGGCUUACCAACAGCCACUCUACUUGACCGGCCACGAACACGGCCUGGGCCUGAACGUUAGUUCCAGUUACUCUCAACCGAGUUACACUCCAUUGAACAACACGAAUACCACGAACGGUGCACAGAACGGCAUGAUGUAUCAUCGGCACCACCAAGCGUCUAACCAACAACAACAGCACCACCAAGCGUCCAACCAACAGCAGCAGCAACAACAGCAGCAACAGCAACAGCAGCAGCAGCAGCAACAGCAGCAACAACAACAACAACAACAACAACAACAACAGCAACAACAGCAACAGCAACAACAGCAACAGCAACAACAGCAACAUCAUCAUCAGCAGCAACAGCACCCACCCACCCACAUGCCACAGCCAACCCAUUUACCAGCCCACCACUACACCAACAUGGGACCACCAGCCACCAGUCCACUGACCCCUUCGUUGGACAUGCACCGACACUCCAAUCCCACGCCAACGCCGGAAGGUAUAAACACUACCAGCGAUGACAGCGAUGACAGCACACCGCAUCAAACGAUGCUUGCAAUCAAGAGAGAAAGGUUAUCUCCGGAACCGUUGGAUGGUUGCGGAAUCAUGAAAAUGCAGCAAAAGAAACCGAAACCGACGAAAAAGAAGAAGAAAAGGGAUCCCAAUGAACCGCAAAAACCGGUAUCUGCUUACGCGCUCUUCUUCCGGGACACCCAAGCGGCGAUCAAAGGUAAAAAUCCUAAUGCUAGUUUCGGCGAAGUGUCCAAGAUCGUGGCGUCCAUGUGGGAUUCGUUGGACGCAGAUCACAAAAAUGUGUACAAGAAGAAAACGGAAGCCGCCAAGAAGGAUUACUUGAAGGCCUUGGCUGCAUACAGAGCGAGUCUUGUAUCGAAGGGAGGAGAACCGGACUCGAACAUGUACGCUGGUGGGUACGUGGGCAGCUAUGGUGGCGUGUACAACGGAUACUCACCACCCGCAGGCCUACCGUCGCCACCCAUGUCUGUGCCGUCGCCGCACUCGCAAGUUCACGGCCAAGUCAAGAAGUCAGCCAUGAUGAUGGACAAUCGGGUACCGGUCAUGAACAGCCAUCCGCAAAACCACAACCAAUCGCAACAGACAGCCGGUCUGAUCGGCAGCCACAACCAGGUCGCGCCAGGACUGAACCAUUUAUCGCAGCAUCCCCAGGUUGGACUUCCUCCAUCGCCACAACAGUCACAGCCCCCGACGCCACCGGCCAAUGUUUCAUCUGCAUACUGGCCGUGGUGUUUCAACCCGACGCAAAACAGCCAUUAGCCGGUGUCUCGCCGACACCAGCUCAGUAGCAGUCGGUCGACGUGUGCAUACGAAACGGAUGCGGCAACGACGUCGUAUGUCUCGCACCGGAAGCCGGAUGGGACGACGAGUAUAAUCGCGGUUACGAGUGUCGGCACCAACACUGCAAGAUUACGGUGAACGACUGGUCUUAAGGGCGCUAAAGAGGCCAUAAACCAAACGCCCUAAGUCGAUCAUCCUCCUCGUCCUCUUCCGGAAAACCAAGAGACCUGAAGACCGCUGUCUGUCCCUUGUAUAUUAUACGAUUAUUAUUAUAUAUUAAUUAUUACAUUGUAUUAUAUUAUUAUUAUUAUUAUUAUUAUAAUUAUUAUUACGUAUGUAAAUCCCUGUGACUACGAGUAUCUCAUAUUAUAAUGCUUGUGAAUAUUUAUAUUUAUAAGAAAAAAAUAAUAUGAUAAUUGAUAAUAUUAUUAUAUCUAACGCGUACUAUAAUAUGAUAUUAUUAUUACAUACAUAAAUAUAAUAUAUUAUGCUGCAGUUUGUACAUAUAUAUAUGUAUAUUUUUUUUUGUUGCGAUAAUAUCAUUGAAUCAUUAUGAAUGUAAAUAAGAAUGUCGUAUUUAAGCAAUAAAUUUGCUCCUGUAAAUGUAAGCAAUGUCUCUCGCGACAAUCCCAAUGCUGUUUUUGUGCACAUAAUAAAUAUAAACAUAAUAUUAUUAAUAUUGUUAAAAUGAACUACUAUUUUUUAACGUUUAAACCGUUUUUUUAUGUUAAAGCAUUAAGUUUUUUUUUAAUGUAAAUAAUAUUUACAAUUUUGUUUUGUAUUAUAUAUUAAAUAUAAUAUAUGACCUAAACCGUACAAGCGAUAUGGCUAAGUUCACGUUAGUCUUGUCUUACAUAUUAUUAUUUACCAUAAAACCAUUGGUAACUAGUACCACGGUAAAUAAAGUAUUCAUGUCAAUCGUGCACUGUAAAUUGUCACGUGUUUAAGUUAUAAAGUGUUAUGAUACCUACUAAAGGACAUUUAAAAUGUAAAAAAUUAUAGCUAGGUACUCAUAUCAUUGUGAAAUUAUAUUAUUUUUUAUUCAAGUAUUAACAUUAUUGCCUAAUAUUUAUUUUUGUUUUAUUUUUAUUUUAUUAUUUAGCCAAAUUGAAAAUUUUAAAGUUGUUAUUAUACUGAAUAUUUUUUCUCUUUUGUUUAUUUUUAAGUAGGUAUGAUUUUAUACUUUGUACAUAAAUGAUUAAGAACGCUCAUGUUAUCUGUUGUUUUUCAAUCUGUUUAUAUAGUAUAUAAAUAAAAUGUAAACGAUUAAAAAUGAAAAAUGAAAAAUAAAAAAUGUAAUUAAAUAGUAGAAAAUAAUUGCUAGUU